UGGGCGUUCGGGAUCAUCCUGUGCCUGAUGGCUACUGGUCAAUUACCAUUCGAUGAUCUAUCUGGCAUGAACUAUCUGGCAUAUUUAGUAACCAGUACCAAGCCCCGCUAUGCAAAAGGGCUUAGCAGAGACGCCAGGAGACUUCUGAACGAGCUGCUAGAGAAGGAUCCGGAGAAGCGUCUCGGCACAACAGGAGACAUUAGGAGCCACCCCUUCUUCAGAUCCAUCAAGUGGGCAGAACUGGAGAGCCUGAAGGUGCCUUCGCCUUUUAAGCCGGAAGGAUUUUCACCAGAGGAUUUGAAGGCAACAUAUACAGGGCCACUGCCAUUCUUGGAGAACCCCGAGAGCGAAGUUCCACCUGAUGAUCCAAUGGUUCUCCAGGAAUUCUCAUACGUCAACUCCAGCUGGUAAGCAUAAACAUCUGCCCACAACAUCAGCCCUUUCCUCCGGCCCACAUCAGGCCCUUUCCUCAGGCCCACAACAUCGACCCUUU